AUGGCGUCAAAGCCCAUCUCUCCCAUCCGCCAAGCCUGGUACAAGUGGAAGUCCCUCCACUUCCCAUGGCGGCGCCGGGUCCUCGUUGGCUUCGAUCUCAAGGGCUACACGUACUGGGAGUUCCGCAUCGCCGGAUCGAACCCCAACUCCCGCUGGCGCCGCAUCGUUCACUACCCCGCUCCGUCCACUACUCCGAGGUCGAGGUCUCCCCGAAUGGCACCACACGCCGAGCUAGCCCGCCAGGCGCGAAUCAAGGCCCUCGCCUCUCAGGCCGACGCCCGGUGGGCGGCGAAACCCAAGCUUGCGGCUAAGCCGGCCGCGCAGGCCGUUCCCAACAUCGAAGCUAGCCGGGCCGCCAAACCGGAAGAAGACGCGAUAGGAGCAAAGCCCGGGACGGUGGCCGGGGCCGGGUCGCCACAGGAGCAGCAGAGCCAGCAAAGUCAGCCGCCGCAGGACAACAAGACGCCCGCGCAAGACGAGCCCGUUGUAGACAAGGCAGACCCUUGGGCGGCGGCGAGAGCGAGGGCAAAGGGCCCUAGUGAGAAUUGGCAGCCAGACACAUGGGCACCCUCCAAGGCGAAACGGUGA